CUUCCACUUGGGCCGGAAACGCAUUUCGUGCAUCCGGGAUCCUCUCGCCUAUCUGGUGCAGGCACCACCGAUUGAUCCGCCAAAUCAGGACUCCUCGUCCUUCAAUUCUAUUAGCUCCGCUCCACGAGGCUUACAUCGGGUUAUCCGAGUACGCUUAGCAGCUAUGCCAAAACAGAGACAAACUUGUACAAGGUGCUCACAAAGACGGCAAAAAUGUGACCGUAAAAGUCCCUGCACGCGCUGUGUACUGAACAACGAAGCACACCUUUGCACUACUGUAUGGAAGGAAGGGUACAAUCCAGCUGUGCAUCGCCGAUAUCCAAAAAAGCCCUCGCCAACGACGAGCCAAAGCUUGACAGAUCCAAGCACCUCGGCCGAGGUCUCACCUUCCUCCGGCAUACCUUGGCCAGCUGGCCAAAUUCCUUUGCACUUUCGGAGCAAAGCACCAGGCAAUCAGAGCGCGGGUGACGCAUCUCGGGGUGGUUCGAUAUCAACUUCAUCGGAUGGCGUCGCGGGGUCGUCUGACCUUCCAAACACUUCGUCAAAUAACGUUGAUUUCAUCACAUAUGGAAGAUCCGAGUUUACGAAUAUCAGCAUGGGAACUCUGCUGGACAACAAAGAAGAGUAUACAAGGCACCAGUCGCUGAUGGACGAGACUCUCAAUCAAAGUCGCACAAAGACUGUUUUAGAUGAAGCGGCGACAGAGACAUUUUCCCCAGCUGCACAAGCGGCCGAGGUCUACCAUCUCCAGUCAGUGCUCCCUACUAAGGAGCAAGUAUUCCAGAUGAUUGACUACCACCAAAACUGCAUGGCGUACUGGAUUGGCGGAAUUUAUCACGGGCCGUCCUUGCGACAGGCUUUGUUGGAAGCAUACGGCGAUAACGGCCAUUUUGAUCUUCGAUGCCAUGAUUGGCGAUGGUGUGCGCUGCUCUUCUCCAUACUUUCUGCAAGUAUCAUUGGGUCACCUGAAGAGGUGUCUAACUCCUGGGGCUUCUCGAAUGCCGACAAACUAAAAUUAUCUCGCCAAUGGGGAAACUCCCUAAUUUCAUGUCUACAACUUGGAGACUUCGCUUCAAGACAUCAUAUCUACUCCGUACAGGCUAUUCUCAAUAUGCACACCUCGGAACAUUUAGUAGGGUCUGCAAAAGAAUGGGCAGUAUAUCAGGCCGCCUCGACCGUCAUUGCAAGAGGUUUAGGGUUGAACAAGCUGGGACGACAUCCGGAAGAUCAGAUGUCUCCUUCAGAGAUGACGACAGAGCAAAAGGAUGCUCUCAUCCAGCGCGAGAUCGGCCGGAGAGUAUGGAGUGCGCUUAUAUCCCAAGACUGGCUUUGCUCAACUUCCCAAGGAAUGUAUACUCAACAAAAGCGACACUACAGCUCGAUCCCACCAAGGCACUUCGAUGAAGAGACGUGGGAACCGGUGGUCAGUUAUCAGAAGCCAACUUUUACACACGUCAGCAAUUAUCUCAACGAGAUCGCCCACGUACUGGUCCGAUACCUCGAUGAUAUGAUGGAUGCUGGAGAUAUAGAAUCCAAGUACAACGUUGUGUUAAGAUACGACGCUAUCAUGCGGGGCUUGUGCAUCGAAAAGAUGCCCCCGUGGUUAUCUUUGAAUAUGCCCCACAACAACGACUGGCCGGAAUGGACCAAAUGGGUCAGGAGAUCCUAUCAUGCAUCUUGUGCGCAUAAGAUUAUCAUGAUACAUCAAAGCUUCUUGGGCCGGAGUUUCAAAGAUCCGCGUUACACGUACUCAAGAUGGGCGUGUAUCAGCAGCGCAAAAACUGUGCUUGAGGCUAUGGAGAAACGACUUCCCAAUGAACCCCAAUGGUGGGUGGAACAGGCCUUUGUCGUUACAGCCGGACUCUGCCUAGGACUCGACCUGUUCCAUCGAGCCGAGGGGGAGCCAGAAGCCAUCAAAGACCUUGAAUGUAUCCAGAAAGCGGUUCAGAUACUUGAACAGUGGCCGACGAGUUCCGUCGCUGCACACGGAAUCAGACUCCUUACCACAUUACUGCAGGAGCAUUCGAAGAAAGCUGAUGCAUCCAGGUCGGAGUCACGUGCCAAAGACCCAGAAUUCCCUCCCAAUAUUGCGCCUCAAGCUAUUGCUGACGCUGCCUCUGUUGAUUCACCGAGACCAUCACCAGUGCCUCUGCCUCCGCCGGCACCUACGGAGCUCCCGAUCUCAGACGAGGUGUGGGCUAACGGUGACUUCGAUAUCGAUAUGUCGGGUUUUGAGGAGCUCAUGGAUACACUUCCCUUACAAAAUGGUUUUGACAAUAGCGUUUUCCUCGAUACCCUGUGGAACGGCUACACUGUUUGAAGACGUAGCUUCUUUGAGGUGCACGUCGAGAUGAAGCAAAAUACCGAAACAAAGUCCAGGAAAUAUUAGCCUGUGUUUUGCCGACUCUGGGGUGACAAACUACCCGAGAUUCUGUUCGGCGCUGUACAUGUAUGCCCUAGAUUUGACCUUCAGUGUUGUAUUGGUUGAUAUCCGUAGCGCGGAAUUCGAUCCGCACUGUUGCGGCCUGGUUCUUAACCAGAACGGUGCGAGGUGGGAGAUGAUCUGACCAAGAAUUUAGAGCGAGCAAUGUCACCUCUCCAUCUUUCAGUGUUUAAAGAGCAAUUAAUCACC